UGAAGUGAAAUUGCAUUAGUCAUAUCCUUUCUGCGUAUCCCAGAAGAGUAUGACACGAAAUAUAUCUAUUUUAUAUUGUGUGAUGGAACGGAUUGAAGGACAGACAACUCGGGUAUAUAUUUGUUUGAUGUGUGUUAUGGCUCUAUCACAAACGACUUUGGACAUGUGUUUAUUGAUCUUGGUGUGAAGUGCUGUUUUGUUACAAACUGUGGACAUGUAUCUCCACCAUAUCAUCGUGUGGGUAGCAUACUACAGCGUUCUCGUCAAAUGUGAUGUUAUUACUGUGAAAUAUGAGAAGACAUGGGAUGCCGCUGUUCACUACUGCAAGACGAAACAUAACGGCACUCUCUCCUCUGUAAAAGAAAUCGGAAAUUCUAGUUAUACUGGUUGGGAAAAUGUCUGGACGCUGUCACAAACACUAACAAAGUGGCUCUCAUUUAUUGGAUGUUUUUAUCUUGCCAACAAAGACACAAAAAUGACCUUUUACCCGGACUACGAUGUUACAAAGCGGUGCAGUGAAGGAUGUGAUACGUCACGAUUCAUUGGCAUAAGUGCAAAAAGACGGUGUGUCUGUUUAUCUGAACAAGAACAAGAAAUGAUUCCAAAUAAGAUGGAAUGGGAAGACUGCCAUCCACCUAAGAACGAAUCACAUUACAUUGUUUACCGGAAAUAUGACGCAAAUGUUAGCGCUGUAGUGUUGAAGAAUGAUUUAUCCGAUUCUACCCUGAACUGUGGCGCUGUUAGCUGCAAACGAAACAAUCAAGCCAAAUAUUUUUAUCCCGAAGAUUGCACGAAAAAACUCAGGUUCAUAUGUGCUCAGCGAAGUUCAAGACACAAUCUUAACUGGACAAAUGGGAUACAACAUUGCCUAAAAAACAACCGGUCACCUCAGUCGUUCGGGAAUCACUGUCAGAAAGCUGAUAGAACGUUAAGAAGCAUUGCAAAAUAUUGGAUUGGAAUGUAUCGUCCUUUAGAUCAUGACAACAAACCCUAUAAAGAAUGCACGUAUUGGUCUAAUGACGCAGAGUCAGCGAACUGUUCACGUGGGCUUCCUUUCUUUUGUACAGUGAAGUAUUUCUUUUUAGGACAUCCACCUACUCCACCUACACAAAGUCCUAUGCAUCCUACAUCAACAAACAUGUCUGGCGACAGGAAAGAUAGGGAUGGACACAGGAAUAGACCUGAUAUCAAAGUUCUCAUUGGCGUGGUCUCGGCGCUCGCCGUUUUGCUUCUUUCAGUCAUUGUUGUUGGCAUCAUCCUUUGGAGAAGAAUAAAACAGAAUGCAAAACACAUCACUUUACAAAAGCAACACUCCGCACAAGAACAGAACACACAGGUCCAGAUGAAGAUGAAUUUAUAUUCACAAGAACGGAAAAAUGAUGAGGAAAAUUUGUACGAAUUUGAAGAAAUCGAUGGUGAAAAUGAAAAAGACAAUCAAUCAAUGCCAUGUCGUAAUUUUACCGUUAAAUGUCCUCUUCCUCCCGAGGUGAUGCGCUCUGCUAGCCAGGCAUCUGGUAACGGUGUCUCAAGUCCAUGCAAUUUACCUGUGUUUGGUAGGCCAAAAAGUCUAGGCAACAGGUGCUCAGGGGCUGAAACAGCACGCCCAUGCCAUCAUGUCAGUAAUUCGCCUGGGAAGGUAGACGAUCAUUAUGAUUUUCUCAACAGUCCAAGGCCAAGAAAUGAAGUCGUUUCGGACACGUACGACCACGCCAGAAUUGUCAACGCGAUAAGAGGAGUUCCACAAGUGAUUAUGUCGGAUCCCGAUAGUUUACCUUCCGACGUUGAUGUUCAACAGCCCAGCAAAAUGGACGACAAAGAUGGCGUUUAUGAUUUCGCGAAAGGCGUCGAAAAUGAGUACGAUGAAUUCGAAACACCGACUAAACAUGUCGUUACAACAGACACAUAUGAUCACGUGUCCUUAAAUAUACCUUCAUAAUUGCGCUAUUAAUCUGGACAGUGAACGUAUAUUCAUAAGUAAGGCAAUUUCAGCGAAGAAAUGUGAUCCAGCAGUCAGAACAAUUUAAUCUUCGUGACAAAACUAUUGCAAUGAAUUGUCGAGAAGAUUGGUAGCAUUUCGUGAUUAAGAGGAUAUCCGCACCUGCCCCUCUGUUUUAACAGUAGUUUAAACAGUUAAGACAAUUGGAUGUCCAACGCUUUGGUACCUAACAUCACCGAAGGGUCAUCGGCGAUCGAAACAGCUGUAAGAUGUAGCGUAAUUCGUGUAUGGCUAACUGUAUUUAUUAUCAAAUUGUCAAGGUAUGAUAAUGUGUUUGUGUGUGUUUGUGUAAGUGUGUGUGUGUUCAUCUUUGAAAUUCUCUAUUACCAAUUAAAGCAAAGGCAUGGAGCAAGACUUACCAAAAUCAAUGAUUGGGCAAACGUCAAGCCCCUUUCCCAUACACAUAGACAUCCUUGAUAUAAGUUACAUGAAUGCAUCAUUAUGAUAUCACUUGAAUCCGUUUCGGUGUAAAUUUGACUAAUCCGGAAAUGUCACGAUCUCGCGCUGUACAGCAGGACAUUUUUAAGAAGAUUUAAUAUUAUUUAUAUAUUACUGGGAAUUCCAUUAUGGGGAUCCUUAUUUAAAUAAUCCUUAUUUAGAAUUGCUUAUGUUAUUAGGAGUAAAAAAUGUGUAAUAAUUGUAACGUUUCGCAACAAGCAAAAUAUAUAUUUUACGAGGUGUAUUGCAUCUGUAUUUGAAAGAUUUACCUCCCUUGUGUUGCUUUGCGAUGUACGUAGAUCUAAAACUAUAUUGUAAGUUCUAGCACCUUCUUUUCUUAUGCAGUUUUUUAUUUCUAUAAAAUAAAACAUAACUGACACGGAAUCCAUGCGGUAAAUCCGUUUCCGGUCGUACGGAGUGAAUAUACAGGUAAUAUUAGAAACGAUUCCUGUUUCCAAAUAUAGAAUGAUACACAACUCUAAUGUACUUUUGUUAAAGGGGCUGGUCGGGAAAAAAAACACCAAAAUAAAUGGGUCUAAAUGCGUUCUCUGGCCUUCCAAAAGUUA